AUGGUGCAUAGCGACGAUAGCAACGAUAGAUCCCAGAAAAGCCCGAUCCUUGUUUCGAAGAUCGACCCUACAGACUUGCGAGAAAUGGCGGAUCGACUUCCUGGCCUUGCCCCUACGACCAUCUCGUCAGCUAGAUCACUUUCAGCACCAUUCAAGCCCCUCAGAGAUCACAAGCCAAAGAAGUUGAGUCUCAAGAACUCUCAGCAACUUGUGACUCUGUUCGCUGCCGCCGAGGAGCAGAAGUUCGUCGUCCAUAAAGAGUUUGCUUGUCACUACUCGCCGGUCCUCAAGGCUGCGUUCAAUAGCCAGUUCAUGGAAGGCCAAACUCAAGAAUAUAGACUCCGAGAUACAACUAAGGAAGCAUUACACCAGCUAGUCCAUUGGUUCUACUUUCAAAAGCUGGAUACCAUGGAACUCACCGAGAAGAACCGUUACGAUGGCCCGGAAAAUUAUAUCGAAGAACGAAUGGCAGAAAACAUAAUCCUCGCCAAGACCUGGGUAUUGGCCGACAAGCUCUUGAUCGGAAAAUUACAAGACCAAAUAAUUGACGAGAUCGUGCGCAUCAGAGAUCACAGUCACCUCCUCAGCAGUUCAGUCCUGAAAUAUGUGUACGAUAAUACUCCCGAAGGAAGCCCGUUGCGUCGUCUUUACGUGGAUCUAUUUGUUCGCUAUGGCAAGCCACGAAGAUACGAAAGCAAGAGCGACAGAUACCCGAAGGAAAUGCUCUUUGAUGUAGUCUCGAAAUUCAGUGCCGUCAUCCCAACUUUUAUCUCAAGCACUCGAACGCCGUCAAAAGAUCUGUCUCUCUACCACGUGGCUGAUAAUUGA